AUGGCUAAGGGCAGCAGGGCGCGCGGGGUGCAGAGGGCAGCAGGGCAGCAGGGCGCACAGGGCUGCAGGGCAGCAGGGCGCGCGGGGCAAACAGGGCAGCAGGGCGCACAGGGCUGCAGGGCAGCAGGGCGCACAGGGCUGCAGGGCAGCAGGGCGCGCGGGGCGCGCAGGGCUGCAGGGCGCACAGGGCUGCAGGGCAGCAGGGCGCACAGGGCUGCAGGGCAGCAGGGCGCGCGGGGCAAACAGGGCAGCAAGGCGCACAGGGCUGCAGGGCAGCAGGGCGCACAGGGCUGCAGGGCAGCAGGGCGCGCGGGGCGCGCAGGGCUGCAGUGCGCGCAGGGCGCGCAGGGCAGCAGGACAGCAGGGCGCGCGGGGCGCGCAGGGCUGCAGGGCGUGCGGGGCGCACAGGGCAGCAGGGCGCGCGGGGCGCAGCAGGGCGCGCGGGGCGCAGCAGGGCUGCAGGGCGCGCGGGGCGCGCAGGGCAGCAGCAAGGGCUGUAGGGGCAACAGCAAGGGCUGUAGCGGCAGCAGCAGGGCAGCAGGGCGCACAGGGCUGCAGGGCAGCAGGGCGCGCGGGGCGCACAGGGCUGCAGGGCGCGCAUGGCGCGAAGGGCAGCAGGACAGCAGGGUGCGAGGGGCAAACAGGGCAGCAGGGCGCGCGGGGCGCGCAGGGCUGCAGUGCGCGCAGGGCGCGCAGGGCAGCAGGACAGCAGGGCGCGCAGGGCGCGCAGGGCUGCAGGGCAGCACAGGGCUGCAGAUCCCCUCACCCCCACCGCUGCACCCGCAGCAGGGGGGUGGAGGAGAAGUGGGCGGGGGGGGGGGCUGA